AUGAUCGCUUUCAGAACUGCCAGUUCAACACAAUUCAAAGAAAAUAAUGAUUUCAGUUUCGAAGAGAACUCGCUUAAAGAAGGCGAAGAUUCUGAUGGUAGCGAUGAGAUGGGUAAAGGAAGAAAACGUGGCGGCGCACAAGGCUCAAAUGUUCAAUCAGCCAACCGCAAACGAAGACGUGGUGAGGAUGAGGACGGUGACUAUGUUAGUUAUCGUCCUGAUGAGCUAGCGUUCAAUAAGAGCGAGUACUUCAAGGUGGAAAAAGUGCUGGCAUCUUGGGGAUGGGGACGAUGGUCUGAAAUGAAGAAGAGCGGAGAGCUCGAGGUUUCUGAGAUGGAUAUCGCUCACAUGGCACGCACGCUUUUACUGCACUGCGUUCGAGAAUAUCGUGGAGAUGAGCGAGUAAGGCAGACAGUAUGGCAACUGAUUGCUCCUCAAGGCGCUAAAAAUGCCAAGGAACCAAAAGGAUCGCAGUCCAUCUACCAUCAGGGUCUGUGA